AUCAUUGAUGGAGCUAUAGCUCUAAGUCUUGAUAAUAAAAUCAAAGAAGGUUACAAAUUCAUAGUUAAUAACUAUAAUCCUGGUGAUGAUAUAUGGCUUUUUGGUUUUAGUCGUGGCGCUUACACUGCGAGAUGUAUUGCUGGAAUGAUAAGAAAUUGUGGAGUACUGAAAGUUGAUAGAGAAAUCAAAUCUGAACAGGUUGAUAAACGUGCUGAUCUCGCUUACGAUAUAUAUCGUAAUAGAGAUGCGGGUCAUAGCCCGGAAGGAAAAGAAUCUGAAGAUUUUAAAAAUACAUUCAGUCAUCCUGAACCUAAAAAACAAAUUAUAAAAUUCCUUGGACUUUGGGAUACUGUUGGCGCUUAUGGUUUACCCGCUUAUGCAAUUGGUGAAGGUUUUAAAUAUUUGGAAUUUUAUGAUCAAUCUGUACCUAGUAUAGUUAAAUUUGCUUGUCAAGCUUUAGCCAUUCAUGAAAAAAUUGCUUUCUUUGAACCUUGUCAUAUAAAUUCGAAUAAUUCUGGUACUAUUGUAAAAGAAACUUG